AUGGCGGGCGGGCCCCCCAAGGCCCUGCCGUCCACCGGGCCCCACUCCCUGCGUGACAUGCCGCACCCGCUGGCCGGCUCCAGCAGCGAGGAGGCCGUGGGUGGUGACAGCACGCCCAGCCCGGACCUGCUGAUGGCCCGCAGCUUCGGUGACAAGGAUCUCAUUUUACCCAACGGUGGUACUCCAGCAGGUACUUCAAGUCCAGCUUCUUCAUCUUCCCUUCUCAACAGACUUCAGCUUGAUGAUGACAUUGAUGGUGAGACCAGAGAUCUCUUCGUUGUAGUCGAUGAUCCCAAGAAGCAUGUGUGUACCAUGGAGACCUAUAUCACAUAUAGGAUCACCACCAAAAGUACUCGGGUGGAGUUUGACCUUCCAGAAUAUUCUGUUCGUCGAAGAUACCAGGAUUUUGACUGGUUGAGGAGCAAACUGGAAGAAUCCCAGCCCACUCAUCUCAUUCCCCCUCUUCCCGAGAAGUUUGUGGUAAAAGGUGUUGUGGAUCGUUUUUCAGAAGAGUUUGUGGAGACCAGAAGAAAAGCUUUGGAUAAAUUUCUAAAAAGAAUUACGGAUCAUCCUGUGCUCUCUUUCAAUGAACACUUUAAUAUUUUCCUUACUGCUAAGGAUCUGAACAUCUACAAGAAGCAAGGGAUAGCAUUGCUGACCAGAAUGGGUGAAUCAGUCAAGCACGUCACUGGCGGCUACAAGCUGAGGACGCGGCCGCUGGAGUUUGCAGCCAUAGGUGAUUACUUAGAUACGUUUGCACUCAAACUGGGAACCAUUGAUCGAAUAGCCCAACGGAUCAUCAAAGAAGAAAUAGAGUACCUUGUGGAGCUGAGAGAAUAUGGGCCUGUGUACUCCACGUGGAGUGCCUUGGAGGGUGAGCUGGCUGAACCCCUGGAGGGUGUGUCAGCUUGCAUUGGGAACUGCUCUACAGCCUUGGAAGAGCUAACGGAUGACAUGACAGAAGACUUCCUACCCGUGCUCAGGGAAUAUAUCUUAUACUCUGACUCCAUGAAGAGCGUAUUGAAGAAGAGGGACCAAGUUCAAGCAGAGUACGAAGCCAAACUGGAAGCUGUGGCUCUGCGGAAGGAAGACCGCCCCAAGGUGCCGGCGGAUGUUGAGAAAUGUCAGGAUCGGAUGGAGUGUUUCAAUGCUGACCUGAAAGCUGACAUGGAGAGGUGGCAGAACAACAAGAGGCAGGACUUCCGGCAGCUACUCAUGGGGAUGGCGGACAAGAACAUUCAGUACUAUGAGAAGUGCCUCAUGGCGUGGGAGUCGAUUAUUCCACUACUGCAGGAGAAACAAGAGGCCAAGUAAGUUCCUUCCUGGGAUGGAGACUCUUCUACCUACACAGGGCCUGGCACCCCAUACCAGAAUGUCCCUGCAGUGCCAGACAGGCAGCGCUGGGAAAACAACCACAGAAACAUCUCUCCUUUGUAUUUUUUCCCUCCCCGAUCCUUCACCCCAAAUUAGUAUUUAUUCCUUGGUGGAGUCUGUGAGGCUAGAAUCAUCUCUCAGCAAAAGCAGCAUACCUCUGUGUUAUGAAGGCACCUGCUCAGUGAAGCACUACGAACAUUUGAAACCAAGGGACAAGACAACCUGCAGCUGACAUUCUGACCAUUCAUUCGUGACAGUUUCCUCUUUAGGGACAGCUAAGUGGCCUGUGGUAGGAGAGAACCUGGGGCCUACUUUUCAAGGAGGAGGAGGCAGGAACAGAAGGCAGCCAUUGCUUUCUGUGGAAACGUGGUACCUUUGGAAUUGGCCCCUGUAGCCAUUGACUCAUCUUGGCCUAGGAGGUGUCGGUGGCUCCCUGGAGAGUCCUUAACGUCCAGUGGCCUGUCGCUGUGAGUGUGGCCUGCUGCCUGCUUGUGAUGAGUGAUACCGUCUUACUGUUUCUGUUUCACAUAGGGACAUUUAAAUCAGUGUCAACCUGCGUCCAUGCUUGAGUGAACAAGCCAGCGUCCUUGUCCUCCUGUGAUGCCUUUGGGAAGCUCAGGGGAAUGCUCCCCAAGCUUGUUUCUGACACUAGAAUGCAAUAGAUUGGAAACUGUGUGUGUAAAAUGAAAAAAAAGGUGCAUUUUUUUUCUUUUUUUUUUCCGUGAAGGUCUUCAGUGUCUGUCUUUUGCUUGUUCACUGUCAUCAAAGCAGGGUUAGACCUGUGAGGGAAUAUCUGUUGUCUCAAAGUCAGAGUAGCUCCCCGUCGUUGAGAUAAGUGGGCAUAUACCAAGCUCCACCCCCGGUGUCAGCUUUGUGCGAUUUGACUUUACCUCACCAAAAAUACCUACUUUAAUAUUUCCUCCUAUGUCCGCUGAAUGUCUGGGCAAGCUUUUGGUGAGAGGGCUGGUAUGUCAUGUUGUUAUGAUCCAGUUGUAAUUUGUCGAUGCGGUGUGGACGUUCUACAUAAAGUGCUUUAACCCUUAACAUUUCCUGGUCAGGAAGGAAAGCCGGUACCUGGAUGGGCCUCGAAAAUGACAAAUGCAGCAGCAAACCCUUUGUUUCCAGCCGAGCUAAAGUCUCCUCAAUGUGCAGCCAGAUUCCUGGGAACUGCUGACUGUCAUUUAAGUUUGCAUUUCAGACGAUCGCCUGGUUUACUUUUCGGAUCACAAAUCGAACGGUCACCAAGGAUCUAUCUUCCAACUCAUUUUUUUCCUGCUGAAAUGAAGCUACAUGUCAUGUUUCUGUUCUUUCAUCCGCGGCUCAUCCCUAUAAAACUAUGAAUCUGAGCCUCAAAUAAGCUGUAGUUUUUUUGUUUUUGCUUUGCGUUUAAUGAAACAGCUGUGUUAAGACGCUGCUUCGGGUGCAAGUGCACCUGGAAAUACUGUUCAGCCGGCAGCAUGUCAAGGUCACUUCAGCCCACUUUUAACUGCAGGUCGUGUCGGCCAAGGCUGUGGUGCUUGCUGUUGAUGCCGCCGUUGGACCUCAUAGGUCAGCUUGGUUCUAUUUCGUUGUGUUCGACAAUGUUGCAGUUUAAAUGGUAAUUUUUAAAUCAAUUGGUACUUGCCUGUACUGUUAAACCCUAUUUGUGCCAUUCUCAAGUCCUUUGAUGUGAAUUUUCAGUUUCAUACAGUUAGAAAUGACUCAUUAAUGCAGAAAGGGAAGAACAACCCAAGUACCCCCCAGUGAUUGUGUGUUUCAUUCUACCUCUAAGCCAUCGUGUUGGCGUGGGUAUGGACGCCUGGAUCUGACCUGACACUGUGCUGGGAGAAUCAGGGUGUGUGUCUAAUGGCGAGCUGAAAGCCCUCUGUUGUUAUUUGGCAGAAGACACCAGCCCAGCCCAGCAGCAAAUGCUCAUCUUUGGGAACAUAGGAAGCUUUGCCUUGGGGAAGCUAUGCUUUACAAAUGCCUAAUGUAAUGAAUGCUUGGAAAAAACUGGACUUACAGGAAAACUAAAUCUGACUACCUGCUAGUUGCCAAAGCCCAGAAAUAUUCCUGUGUAAUGGUUUGUUGGGAAAGAAGGCAGCUCUUCAAAAAAUUCAUCAGGUUCCUCACUGGGAGAGGUGGGGAGGGGCUUGGGAUGCACACACAUCAUUCCCCCUCCUAGUGGCUCUGAAGGGAGGUGGGCACCAUGGGAUUUGGUCUUGCUCUAUUUGGUCCACAUGUGAUGCUCUGUGCUGUAAGACAUCAGCAAGAUCGGGAACAAGGCAAACUUUCUGUCCUCCAGGCAUGUUAUUGACAGCGGAGCCAGGAAGUCCAGUGUACAUUACAGGUUUUCUGGGAGAAAUGGUCCUUCUGAGAAAGGAUUCCUUCCCGGCCUCUAGGCUUGUGUCUCAUGAGGUGAAGAGGCUGGUCCAGAAGGAAGGGGACGUUAGAUGGUGGAGCAGGCGCCGCUGGGCCUCUGAGGACCAGCAGUCCCAACCAUUUGCCUCUUCAUUUUGAUCAAGCACAAAGGAGAUACUCCCUAGGAGAAGCGUCACAUGGAGACUUCUGUGCCAAAGACUGCCAUGCAGGACUUUCAUCACCCCACCCUUCUUGGCUCCACAAAAUUGUGGCCCUGAGAUCACUAUUCCUCUCUUAAGUUUUUUUUUUUUUUUUUUUUUACUUUACCUCAAGCAGACAGACAUAGGUUUUGAGGCUUGAAUACACGGCAGUGGAAUGCAAGGCCCUCCCUAGCAGCCGCCCCAGGUCUGGGAAGUGAUAGAUUUCAUAAGCCCGGGUUAAAAAUCCAGAGAAGACAGAAGAGAGGCUUCCUAGGAGCCGAGCAAAUUUUAGAGAUGCAAGUGAUAUUAAGGAGAGCCUUGUGAUUUGUAGCAAGAAUGGGCACUGUUCUUUCUUACUAAUGUGGUAGAUCUACACGAAGAUUCUAGGCUGUUCUACUCAGCAAGGAACCACUGCUCCUCAAUGGGGAGGGAACAGCCAGCUUUAGUGUUGGGUUUUAUCCUUCAAUAAAAGUUUUAUAAUGAUUCCUGUUCAACUUAAAAUGUGAUUAUGGAGAUGAGUGGCUCCAUAUUUCACCACGUCAUUCCUUCAACUCACCAGACACCUUUCUUUAGCUGAAAUAAACCGGCAUGACCUGGAGAUCAAGGUGACUGUAAGCUAAGUCUGUUUUCGUGCCACAUUUCAGCCCCACCCAGAGUGUGUUCUAGAUAUUGUUGAUUUGGAUGGUUUUCUCAGUUACCACUCCACAUGGGAGAGUUCAGUAAAUGCAUACCGGCUGCUCACUUGGUGUGAGGCUACCUUUUGUGAUGAAAGGACAGGAAGUUCUGCUUCAGAGGAGGGCAUGAGGACCGUGUGGCAGUCUGCAAGUUGAAUUGUUCUCUCAGGGUGGCAGCCCAGGGAACAUCCAGAGAUUGUGCGACUUGGUCCUGCCGUUGCUGGCUUUGAAGUCACAGGCACCGGGCUCUGUCUUGACAUCAUUCAUUGGACUGCAGGACAGUCAUUCUUCACACUCUAUCCUGAGCUGGUGAGAGAGGAGGAAGAGGGAAGUCAAGAGCAACCUCUGCGGGCUGGGUUGGCCUCUUCUGCUUGGGUCUUGGAGUGAGUUAGAACUGGAUUCUUCUCUGGCCAGAUGGGUUGCUGGCUGCACUGAGGGGUGAUUGCUUUCAGAAGAUGGACUGCCUGUGCUCAGGACAGGGCACACCAGUCUGGACUCCACCUUCCCAGACAUCGACUUUAAGAAGCUGUGGAAACUGGGUGAUUUAAUUAUAGGGCUGGGCAACACUGCUUUGGCCAACCUCAUUUACAAACUUAGGUUGGAAAUUUGGAUUUCCUGUCUCCCUUCCAAAAGCCUGCAAGAUGGCAACAGAUGGACACACCCUCUCAUUUCUUAGGUUUUCUCUGGCAGGUGGCAGGUGGCAUUUAUCAGUAAAUUUGAGGCAAAUGUUUUCUCGGGCCAACCUCACAGCUUGCGUUGGGUGUGUUGGAAUUGUUCUCUUCUGCCUUGUGAUUUUUUCAAUUCAGCGAAUAAAUCAGGAAUCCAGUUUUUCACCAACCCACUCUAUAGAUUGUCAGCUUUUCGUGUGAAGGAUGCCUGGUCUCCUCACAGUUGCACGUAUCGGAGUGUGUGUAAGAGUUGUCUGUGUUGGGGUGGGGGCAUUGUCAAGGUUGUCAAGGUUGGGGUGGGGGCAUUGUUGCAGGGGAUUGACUCUUUUUCCUUCAUCAUAAAUUUGAGAUGCAUCCUGAGUAUGACUGUCUAACCCUUUCUAUGGGGCUGAAAAAUGUUUUCCAGGUAGUUUUUACUACUAUAGAUAGUCUACAAAUAAGUGCUUUGGAAAAAUAAACCAAUAAGAUAUUUGUCUCCUGUAUAAACAUUCUGUGUAUUUAGCACUUGGAAAAUCAACAAAUCCAGAAUUUUAAAAAAUGCCACAGACUGUUAAAAGCCCAACUCUACUUUUUUUUAGAAUUGUCAGUCAGUACCUACUAAUAUGCCUUAUUCUUCUUCAACUAAUGUUUUAAGAGUCCUGGGUAGAAAGAGUUUUACAAAUGUAAUGAGUUGUUCAGCUUCAAUAAUAUAGAGAUCUACAUACAUAGUCAGCCCUCAGGUCCCCUAAAGAAACCAGCAAGAAAGUGAGGGCCAUCACCAGGGUUAGCUUUGGGGAGGGGAAAACCAAACUGCUUUUGCCAAAUAAUAUUUUUGAUAAUGUCAGGAAACACAGGGACCACAAAACCUUUUUUUUUUUUUUUUAAGUGUGAAAGGUUAAUUUAGUGCCUUUUGGCAUACUUUUGAUUUUAGAGGAUAUUGUAUCGACAUUGACAAAUCAUGUAGAUACAAAGAAUGCUCUAGAUGACAAGAGUAUUAAAUGUUACUCCUGAUUCUACAGCACAGUUUUGAAGAUACCGUGGGCUAUCUUCAAGCCUCAGAGCAGCUUGAUUCAGAUAGAAAUUCUCCAUGAGUUGAAAUGCCAAAAACGGAAAAGAUGGUGUUGACUCACGUAAUUUAGUCCGUUUCAGCAGAGCCUUUGCCAGUCAACACCAGUGAUGAGGAAAAUUGCAUAUUCGCUCCCAGCAGCAGCACCUUCGCACCAGGUGGUUCUGGGCUCUCUGUAGGCCAGUCCUUAGUAGGUGACACCCAGCAACACCCCUGUUGGAUAGGAUUGUUCAGUCUUAGACCAGUACUUUAGUCAGAAAUGAUACUGAGGAGAGGAAAGGGAAAUCACUUUUUUUCCUCCAUGUGGAAAUGAGAGAGGAAAGUAGAUUGCAAACCAAAAUGUGCAUCAAUGUGAUCAAGCAGUGGCUCUGCCAUCUGGGCCUUUCUCCAAUAACAAACCAGCAUCUCUUAAUGGCACUGUUGGCCUGGACAGCCCUGAGGUUUGGGUCCCGUCUGGCGGAUUUCCUGUCCGUUGCAUUUCUGUGUGUCUGUUCCCUUCAUCGCUGUGAGUUGGGAGUGCAUUGAGGGAUGACGUCUAUCUGAUAGAUUCCUGUGAAAUCAACUGCCAGUAAACUUUCUAACUCGUAUUUUAACUGUAAAAGAAGAGAUUUAAAACUUCAGCUUUGGACAUGUCCGCACUAGGGACUGUUACUUCUUAUUUUUAAAAGUCAUUCUUUACGUUUAAGAUUUUAAAAUGCAAAUCUUCUGAGGUAUUGACGAAGUCCGCCGUGUAAACGUGUUACUUUCUCUCCAUGCUGCCGUUAGCCAAAAUAAAAGCUGUGAAAAAAAGUGCUUGAGAGUGUGUAUGGGUAAAAGAGUGGCUUAUUUCCAGGUGAGUCUUUGUUUCACGAAGCUACCAAACUUUAAAAAGAAUGUCACCUUGUUUUCUUUGUUAUGGAAACCAGAGAUUGUAAAAUGGAAAAACAGUCGUUUUUGUUGACUUUUUGAUGCUGGCACGAGGUUUUUGUCCAUUUUUUUCAUAUAUCUGUGUAUAAAAAAUUGUUGUUUACUAUGGAAUUAGUAUUACAUUUUGAGGUAAACAAAAGAAUUUGUAUUGCUUGAUAAAUAUUAGCUUGUAAAUUUAAAGUUUCUUUACUUCAAUUAACUUAAAGUAAUGGACCAAUAAACCCAUCAAAGAUGCUUUCUUUA